AUGGCGUUUCUUGACCGUCUUCCUACGAAAGAAAGGCUUCAUAAAAUGGGGAUUGUUAAUGACAUGAACUGCAUUUUUUGUGAUGCUGCUGUGGAAACUAGAGACCAUAUUUUCUUUGAGUGCACUAUUGCUUCCUCCCUGUGGUCUGCUUUAUUUUCUCUUAAUGGUUUACAGUUUAAACAUCAUUCUUGGGAUGCUUUUUUCGAUUGGGCUGCUGCGUGUUGGAAGGGCAAAUCCCUACUAACUACCAUCAUGAAAGUUGCAUCUAAUGCCUUGAUUUACACUAUAUGGAAGGAAAGAAACAAGAGGUUGUUUCAAAGCCAAUCUUCUAGUGUUACAGAAAUGUUCAUAGCUAUUAAGGAACUGUUUACUGCCUUUGGGUAA